CGGGUCCUAUCUAGGAGUGUCCGAUCUGCCGGGUCUAAAGAGGAGAGGCGAGAGCAGCCCGGCUGACCUGCAAUUCCUGGUCGUCCUACUUCUAUGUACAGAGAAUACAGGCUUGUGCUGUCCCAGCUGCUUGCAUUUCCUUUACAUCUUCACCAGAAAUCAGCAAACCUGAUUUCCUGGCUCUGUGGUAUAGGUGAACAGGUAAUGAAAUCGUCCCUUUUAUCCUACUUGCCUGUAUAGUUUUGAUCCAUCAUGGAUAAUCUGUCGUCAGAAGAAAUUCAGCUAAGGGCUCACCAGGUUACUGAUGAGUCUUUGGAAAGUACAAGGCGAAUCCUGGGCUUAGCCAUCGAGUCUCAGGAUGCGGGAAUCAAGACUAUCACCAUGCUGGAUGAGCAAGGAGAACAACUAAAUCGCAUAGAAGAAGGCAUGGACCAAAUAAAUAAAGACAUGAGAGAGGCAGAGAAGACUUUAACAGAACUCAACAAGUGCUGUGGCCUUUGCGUCUGCCCUUGUAAUAGGACGAAGAACUUUGAGUCUGGAAAGAACUAUAAGGCUACAUGGGGAGACGGUGGAGACAACUCACCUAGGAAUGUAGUGUCUAAACAACCAGGGCGGGCAACAAAUGGUCAGCCUCAGCGAGCCACAGGAACAGCCAGCGGUGGAUACAUUAAACGUAUAACUAAUGAUGCCAGAGAAGAUGAGAUGGAAGAGAACCUGACUCAAGUGGGCAGCAUCCUAGGCAACCUAAAGAACAUGGCUCUGGACAUGGGCAAUGAAAUUGAUGCUCAGAACCAGCAAAUACAAAGGAUCACAGAAAAGGCUGACACCAACAAAGAUCGGAUUGACAUUGCCAAUACAAGAGCAAAGAAACUCAUUGACAGCUAAAGCCACUGCUGUGCUUCUUUACCAGUUACUCCGUUCUCUAGCUCCUCCUAAGUCAUUACCUGUUCAGAGUUCGAAAGUUGGUGAAAGAAGGACCAGAGGAGGAGUGCCUCCCUACUUCUUCCUUUCUGUCCUUUGGGGUAGGUUCCUGCUCAGGCUUCACUACAGCCUCUCCCUGUUCACACUCCUCGGCUGCUUUCCAUGUAUCACACAGUCCAUCCUCCUCCUCACUUAGCAUCUUUGCAUUCAAGAUUUGGAAGCAUUGCCAAAGAGCCAUGAAGCGGGUGUCUGUAUAAGUAGCUUUUGUUGUUGGUUAGUUGGUUUGGUUUUGUGGUAAAGAGCAAGAGGAAGAAGAAUUGAAGUUGUUAGCUCAUUAAAGAAACUACAGGUCAAGAAAACGAAACAGGCUAAUGCCUGGGGUGGGAGGUUUUACUCAUACAUUUUUUUUUUUUUACAUCACUAUUUUGCAGCUUCUGCUCCAAAGGAGAACACAGUGGGUUUACAUAAGUGAGCUUCACUGAGUUUGUAGUGAUUUGUGUAUGUACAUAGAUUCUGGGAUCCCAUUUCAUACUGCACAUGCAGGAAUUCUCGUAUCAGGAGUCAUAGCAUGGUCCCAUUGUAGACCUGUUAACCUCGUGAAGUUGUCAUUAAUCUUUUAAAGAUGUACAUAUAUAUGAAAUAUGAGACUUCCUCACUAAAGCAGAGCUUCAAAAUUUUGAGUAAAGUUUGACAGUGUAUCAUGUGAAUUCAGAUUUACCUCAGUACUAAGAAUUACGUUUAGAUAUGGGAAAGAAAAGUUGUUUUGAUCUCAGGUAGCAAAAUAGAUUACUUUGAAUUUUGUGUAGUUUUAGACAUUUAAAAAGUUAUAAUUUGUUACUAAAAGUUGUUUAGGAAAUUAGGCCUUCAGAUUAAUCAUUGAUGACUGUACUGCCACCCUUUCUGCUGUAUGUUCAGAGUCAUGUUUAUGUAGAUCCUGCAGUGCUGGGAACGUUGAGUUGGUAUUUGUCACCUUUGUUUAAAAAUUAGCAUCUGUACACUUUAGAGAUACCAAAGUAGAUUGGCUUGACCAAUAACCAUUACUUGAUUCUUACAAUUAAAUUUUGUAACUAAUGGUAUUGUUCUUUCAAAUAGGCAACAUGUUUCUGACUUAUUUGUGGGGGCAAUCAUUUAAUCAGUUAACAAAUUGAAUAAAACAAAUGUCCAUACAUCAAGCACUCUAACUGAAAGCUGCAAUUAGCUCUUUUCCAAUUUUUACUAGAAAUGUUUAUAGGAGUUUCUGUGGCUGGUCAUGAGUCCGUUUUAGUCAUUAAUUGUCUUAGUCAUUUGAACUUAAAUAUACUGAGUAUUUCUAACUGGGAGUUAGUUACAAGUCAUUUACUAAAGACGACACAGCUAGCUCAGAAACAUCCCAAGGGUGAGGAGGACAGUAUUGAAGUAAAACAAAGAAAUGCUCCAUAGCAGGAUGGAUAGUUUGUCAGGUGAAGGGAUUGAACGUAUAAAGUAUAACUAAGUUUAAAACACUAGAUAGUGCUAUACCUAAAAGUGCUUUUCUUAAAAGCAUUUAAAAACUUAAUACAUUGAUCUGGCUAAAGAAACAGUACUGCUAAGGUAGUAUCCAAGGUUUAGUUGGUUGGAGCAUGUAUUAAAGCAUCUAUUUGUCAGUUUCUCCUUUGCUCUUGUUGGCAGGUAUGAAUGUAUGCCUAUUUCUGUGCCUUGGUUUCCUUACUUAUAAAUGGGAAUUAAUCCUACUUAAUAGAAUAAUUCAUAGAAUGGUAAUGCCUAGAAAUCUCCUAGAGUAAGCAGGGCUCAGAGGCUACACUGGUAAUCUCAUCACUGGGGAACCUGAGGCAGAAUCAACCUACGCAGUGAAUUGUGGGCCAGCCUAAGCUACAUCUAGACAAAAACACCCUCCCCCACCAAGACAAACAAAAACCCUUAGAAUGGUGCCUGUCAGGUGUAAAUGCAAUAAAUUAUAGCUAUUUUCUCUAGAAUGGAGGGAGUUCUUCUUGGUCAAAGAUCCGUGAAUUUGAUGAAAGAGAAUAAAAGCAAAGAAACUGUU